AUGUGCAAUAGGCACGCAAUACGUGCUAACGUAAACAAGGCAAGUAAACAAGCGAAGCGAGGCGAAUGUCUGCCAUGCGAACGUUUUGUACAAGGUAAGAGGCAUGUGGGAAAGAAAGCUCUGCUAGCACGGCACUUUAUCGCACUUUUACGAUCUCAAAAUUAAUCUGAAGCUUCAGUAUUUUUACCUCAUCGAAAUUUGGAAGUCUGAAGUCCAGGGAUGAAAUCUAUCAAAAAUUUUUGGAAUAUUAACGUCGGGUUUUGGUCACAAUAAGAUCACAAGCAACGAACCUUGAAACACAGAAACUCACAAAACCAAUCACAAAUCACAAACAAUAACGUUUUGAACCCGUUGAAGUAAACUUUCGUUUCCUAAGAGGUUCGCUAAGAUGAUUGGCGUCUGACAUUUUUUUGACGAGAGGAUCGAAAUGCAUCAAUCAUAGAAAGACAGUUUUAAGUGCAUGUUUCCUAAGAGGUCAUGUGAAUUUGCUGUUUUGUCUAUUUUAUGUCCAUUUUCUUUUCCUUAUUUUGUGAUUGGUCGAUUUUGUUAGGUCGAGUGGAUAAUCCAAUGAGGGACGGUUUGGGUGUCGUUCGAUCCGAAAUUUUUCGAAGCAGCAGUAAGAAGCAGUUUGGAUAACAUUUGGCCGAGGCGUUUCGAGGAACGUGUUAAUAUAUUGUUCAAUUAUGUUAUCCCGAGUUAAACUUACAAAUGCACACACUGUUCGCUGUAGGCCCACACUAAAAAAUAACACUGAGUGUUUCGGAAUGGGCUGGUCCGCGAACUCAAAGAAAAACAAAGGAAAUUAUCAAGACAUUCAAUGACAUCAAAGACUCAUGGACCCCAUAGACGCAAUGACAAAUCGGUAUAUCAGGAGUGUACGUGUAAAAUGGAUAAGAGUUUGAACAGAGGAAUGUUUAACAAGUUUGAGAGUUGCAAGAUUUGUGUAGCUGGUUAUCAGUGUGACAAUGGUGAUUUUGAUUUUUGCAUUGCGGAACAAAACGAGUUGCCUGUGAUAAAAAUAUGUUCCGAUGAAGGAAGAGACGAUUGUCAUCAAUUGAAACCAAAAGGGACUGAGGCUUCUGUUUUGGAACUACUGUGAUAACUGUAACAAUUCUUUUUAUUAUUUCAAUUUUGUUUAGCAGGGUGACGGUUAAUGUGCUUGUUUUUGUAUUGCGUGUUGUGUUUUUCCAUCUAAUUGUGUAUAUUGCGACGCGUUACAUGUACGAUGCUGUGUGUCGGGAUUUUGCAUUAUUAGCAAGUUUUGUGUUAGUGUGUUUUGAUGGCAGCGAAGUGACGACAAGAGAAGGUAAUGAGCUAGUUGUACAGAAGGAAAACUGUGUUGUGGAUGAAAUAAAAGAAGUUGAAUUGAGAUCUCGUCGUGGAAAAUUUGUUUAUAUCAGAACAUACAAUUCCAUUGGUUUAAACAAGGUUAGUAAUUUUUCUCGACGCGAUCUUGCACCUAGCAGACUACCGAUAAAGAAAUUAAAAUCUUUGUUACAGAAAACACGGAAUGUGAGGCUUUUUGUAUGGAAGGGUAUUCGGAAAAAUACACCAUUGUCACGUUAAAAAUAGAAAAGGUUUACAUUUAAACAGGUACGGAAGUAACUGUAACAGUGUGAGGUUUUUACUUAAAGGACAACUCCAAAACUAGUUCGUAAACGAGGGAAGGUGUAUCUGUCGUCUAAGCAUCAAAGCACAGGCCAUUUAGGUGGAAUGAGAUAUCCAAAUAGGCUUUUAAGUAAGAAUUUGCCUCUCUGUACAUGCAAUUAUCCAUUUUAUAGUGCUUACAACAGUUUGAAUCAUCGGGUUAAUUUUGGCCAAUUUAAGCUUUGUACUGAUAUCGAGAAGAAUCCAGGACCUUCAGUUUAUAUAGAUGCUACAAAAACAAUUCAUGCUCCAUACUGUCAAGGAAAUGUUUACAGUAUUUGGGGAAAAUGCUGGACAACAAUGUGUCGCAAUGAGUCUGUGCGCUUUAAUUUACAGUAA